CUAACAAUUCCAUGAAACCCAAAAUCCCAACUCUAUCUCUCAGACAAAUCAAACAAAUCCGAGCUCAUAUUCUAACAUCCUCAAAACCCAACUCAUUAAACAUCUUACUGUCCAAUUUCACCCACUCACCCACUCCUCAAAAUGCCCUUUUGCUCUACAACCAAAUGGUCAAAACCCCAAAUGCCCACAAUCAUUUCACAUUCACCCUGGCUCUAAAGGCAUGUUCUUUACUUCACUCACUGCCAAAAGGCCAAGAAAUUCAUGCCCAUGUGAUCAAAACAGCAUACUUUUCUGAUAUUUUUAUCAAGAAUUCAUUAAUUCAUUUUUACUUGCUGCAGACUGACAUUGUUUGGGCUUGUAGGGUUUUUGAUUCUGUGGUGUACCCUGAUGUUGUUUCUUGGACUUCGAUAAUUUCCGGGCUUUCGAAAUGUGGGAUGGAAAGGGAGGCUUUGGUUAGGUUUUCGAAAAUGGAUGUGAGUCCUAAUUGUGCUACAAUUGUUACUGUUUUAUCUGCUUGUAUUAGUAUUAGAGCUGUUAAGAUUGGUAAAUCUGUUUGUUGCUAUAGUUUAAAGAAUUUUGAUGAUGACAAUGUUGUGUUGGGGAAUGUGCUUUUGGAUUUUUUUGUAAAGUUUGGGUCUUUAGGAUGUGCGCGUUAUUUAUUUGAAAGAAUGCGCAAGAGAGAUGUGGUUUCUUGGACUACUAUGGUGGGUGGUUUUGUGCAGAGAGGGUUUUAUGAUGUUGCGGUGAGGGUGUUUCAGGAAAUGGUGCGAGGGGGAGAAGUUGAGCCUAAUGAGGCUACUAUUGUUAGUAUGCUGUCAGCUUGCUCUUCAAUUGGGGAUUUGAAUUUGGGGCGGUGGGUUCAUUGUUAUGUGAGCAGUAGGCAUGAUCUUGUGAUAAAUCAAAAUGUGGGGAAUGCUCUGGUGAAUCUGUAUGUGAAAUGUGGGAACAUAGAUUUGGCUAUUACGGUGUUUUGCAUGCUUAAAUGCAAAGAUGUAGUGUCGUGGAGUACCAUGAUUAGCGGGUUGGCAAUGAAUGGGUAUGGCAAGCAUGUGUUGCCACUCUUCUCACUUAUGCUAGUCCAUGGCAAUACCCCUGAUGAUGUAACCUUCAUUGGACUAUUAUCUGCUUGCAGCCAUGCGGGGUUGGUUAAUCAAGGGUUAAUGCUUUUUAAAGCCAUGGAUGGUGUGUAUCACAUUUCACCCCACAUGAAGCAUUAUGCUUGUGUUGUUGAUAUGUAUGGUCGAGCAGGGCUCUUAAAAGAAGCAGAACGUUUCAUUGAAUAUAUGCCUGUGGAAGCCGAUGGCCCCGUUUGGGGAGCAUUACUUAAUGCUUGCAAUAUUUAUGGGAGUGAGGAGAUGAUUUUGCGAACCAGACAGUCUCUUUCUAAGACAAGAGAUGCAACCCUAGGAACUUUUGCUUUAUUAUCAAACACUUAUGCCAGUUCCAAUAGGUGGGAUGAUGCUAAUGAGGUUCGAGAUUCAAUGAGGCGCAUGGGUUUGAAAAAGGCUGCUGGAUGCAGCUGGGUUGACGUCGACUGACUCGUGGGUAUAUAGAAAGUGUCAUAAAGUGAGUAAAUAGGCGCAAAGAUUGCAAGUUGUGAAUAAGAUAAUGGAUAAUUAGGCACAAAGAUUUCAAGUUGUGAAUAACAUAAUGAAUGAUUAUACAAUCUAAUAACUUGUAUAAUCGAAUCACCUUAUUUAACAAUUUUAGCUGCUCUUAGGAGAUGAGGUUAAUUUGAGAUUAUUAUCUGCAACUGCUUCUCAAGUCUACUUCUACUUCUUGGUUCUCGGUCUAUAAUCCCAUGAAAGGUACUUGAAGAUCUUAGGAUAUGUGGUGACCCAUGUUCGUGUCCACCCACGCGCACAGAUACACAUACAGUUUUUGUAGAAUGCAGCAACUUGAAACUUGACUGCUGUAGUAUGUAUCUGACUGCUGUAAGUUGGGUAAUCUUCAUCUGAAGUGAUUUACUUGACCUUCUUAAGGCAUUUCAAGUGAUGUUAACACCUGUGCAACAGGAAUCUAUAGUCUAUACAGAUUGAAGAGGUUACAUUGAAAUUUCGGCUGUUUGGUUCUCUGAUUCUCGUUUCAAACCUCACUGGAGGGGGCUUCUACUAGUUCACAAAUCAUCACUGAAAUUUAAUGCUUUUACUACGAUAAAUUGGAAGUUCCUGUUUACUGCCUUGCAAAAAAUGGGCUUCUGGAAUAUGUUUGUGGCUGGCCUGAAAAGGCAAUACUUCGACUGUGUUUUCGAUAUGUUGUUGUUUCUGGAAGGAGUUGGACUCUGCUCUGGCUUAUCGGGUUUCAACCAAACUCUGCAAAGUGUGCAUGCUUCUUUAGCAAUAUCUCUCUCACCUACUUCAUGGGAUAUCGAGUGUUCAAUUCUUGUGAAAGAUAAGGCAGGCAGGCGUGUGAGUGCUAUAUAGAAAACAUUCGGUCUCAGGUAAAGAUAUUAUGGUAAAGAUACAAGAAUUUUCCGACUAUAUUAUGGCAAAAGGAAAUUUGAUUUAUUAAGAGCGUACAAGAUUAUCUGUACAUACUUAUGACCGGAUGAAAUACAAGUGUAUAUACAUGCAUGAACUACUUUGUCAAGAAAAAGUGUUUUCUGAUUAACAGGCUGCGAAUUAAGAUCUGUUCUAGUAAUUCUCGUGGUGAUGGACAAUCUCACAGUCGAAUAAGAACGUGGACACCCGAGUAUAAUUUCUUAGUUAAUCAUCUUUGUAUCAGUGCAGUUGAAGUCCUUCAUGAUAGCAGGAAUACAGCUUGUACUCCUUGCAAUUCCGCCCUUCUUCAGAACAUCAGCCUUGAGAUCUCCAGGACUUGAUGAUUUUCGUCUUGCUGAGCCCUUCUUCAGCAACUCUUUCAUGGCUUGAGCCUGAAACAACACCGGGUGUGUUCUCCCAAACUUAUUAAACUUAGAGCAUGCAUUCAUGUGCUCACUCAAAGCCUCUUCGAUUUUCCCUCCACUUUUCUCCUUCUCCUCCUUCACAGCCUCUGAGCACAGCCCACAUAUCAACUUCCCUGAAAACUUGUCGCGAACACGCCUUAUGUACUCUGGUGUGCACUCCUCAGACAUGCCACAGCACUCACACUCAGCAUCCUCAACCUCUGAUAUUGGCGCAAGCACAUCUGCUGCAGCUUCAGCUUCUUUUCGGAUCAGUUCUGCAGAAAUGUCAGAUAUUGUUCUCUGCAGGCUUUCCACUGACAGUUUCGUAGAUUUCUGUGGAAGGCUAGUAAUGUUUUGCGCAUAUAGAGCAACUCUUGCAGGGUGAUUAUCUCUAGUAGGCAUGAUAACCAACCUGUAUCAGAACCAAUAUAUAUGAUCUCAAUCGAAAGAGUAUUGAAUCCUGUCAGAUAA